CAUACACUUGCCCUAGAAAAAUUUGAAAGGAAAAACCCUAGCUAGGGUUUAAGCAGCAGCUCCUCUUAAACAAAACGAGUAAAACGGAAACAAGCUCUUCCUCGUUCUCGCCUGUUUAUAUGGUGCUGCGGGUGUUUCCAAUUAUGACUUCCCAUUUCUCUAUCUUCAAUUCCAUGCAGGCUAUAUCCUACCUUGAUUUUCAAAAUCCUUUUUCUAUCUUUCGCGAUGGUGGAGUUUAAUCACGCCGUAAAAGAACCCAACGAAGUUGAAAAGCUCACAAUACCAGAAGGGUCUCUCGACCCUUUUAUUCCCUUUCUGGACGACUUCUACCUACCGAUAGUCGAGGAUUUUAGCGGUUUCAACUGUAUACAGGAUUGGAUCAUGGAAACCGGUUCAAUCGAAAUGCCAAUUGAAGAAAACCAAUCCCUGGACGGGUCUGACUUGAAAAAAGUCGAACUUGCUUACUCCGGGGAGCCCGUUCAAAUACCGGUUGAAGAAAUCCAUGAAGAAACCUAUUCACGAAAUCAGUUUGAAGAUGGAGUUGAUGAAAGAACGGCUCAAGGAGAUCUUUCUGAGAAGGCAGAGGAUAUAGGUUCUUUAAUCGAAGAGCGAAUGGAGAAAGUUAGUUUGAUUGGAGCCCCAGAUGGUAGUCUUCUUGGUGAGCAUGAUCCGAUUUCAGUAAAUCGUGAAAGCAAUGAAUGCUUGCUUGAGGCAUCCGUAACUUUGGAUGCUUUGGAUAAGAAGGAAUUAGAUGGACCAGCCAAGGCUUUCGGGACUGUUACUCAAGAGGACAAAUUAGAGCUGAGUUCAGAUAAGGACAGCAAAAAUUCUUUUGCAACUGGGUUGGUAACUACAGAGGAUAUUUCUGGUAAAAGUGGCAAGGAGAAUGUUGAGUUAGUAAGUGAUGGAGAAGAUGGUGAUAGUUCAGAGUCCGAGAGUGACAGUUCUUCUUCAUCUUCCUCUAGUUCUUCCAGCAGUGAGGAGGAGAAUGACGACGAAGAAGAGGAGGACGAGGACGAAGAGGAUGAAGAGACAAAGAUGGUUGAGUUUGAAGAAGGUGAGAUAAAGAAUUUAGAUGGAGAAUAUAUUGUCGAUGGCAGCGAUGAUGAUGGCGAGGGAGUUAUAACUGGACCCAUAAAGUCUAAAAACGAGCUUGAGUUUCUCCCUGAAGUUCCUCCAGUGAAUGUCACUUUGGAGCCACAUCAUCAGAUCCUAUCUGUUGGAGUUAUCUUAUCAAUUUUGGGUACCAAAGUUGUUGUAGAAGGAACUGAGAAGCACAACCCUCUUAAUGAGGGUUCUAUUCUCUGGAUUACAGAAACCCGCUUGCCACUAGGGAUUGUAGAUGAAAUCUUUGGACCUGUCAAGAACCCUUAUUACAUUGUAAGGUACAACUCAGACAAGGAGGUUCCAUCUGGAAUCAGCCAAGGCACCCCUGUGUCCUUUGUCCAGGAAUUUGCCAAUCAUGUCCUCAAUGACAAGAAUCUGUACAAGAAAGGAUAUGAUGCAUCUGGUGAGAAUGAUGAAGAAGUCUCUGGUGAAGCUGAGUUCUCUGAUGAUGAGAAGGAGGCUGAGUACAAAAGAAUGCAACGGAUGGCAAAACGAGGUGCAGAUGAUCGGAAAUGCAAAAAUCGGGAGUUUGCUGAUAAGAAGAAAUUUCAAUACAAGGGUGAGGCCAGGAAGAAUGUCCGACCUCCAAUUCAUCCACCAGCAUCAGAAAGUCGGCCACAAAUUCCAAACCAGCUCCAUACACCACAUGUUGCAGCACCAUUCAGUUGUGGAAGUUGUGUUUGCUCACCUGGCGCAGGGCCAGGCAAUGGUAGCUUGCCUGUUAUUGUUCCUCCUGGGCCCCAGAUGGUGCAGACAGCCUGUUAUACACCUCAGCAUUUAUCGAUACCUUCAAGUGGACUUUGGACCAAUGGAAUACCUUGUCAGCAGCAGCUCAACGGAUUUCCAGUGAAUGGGAUGCCAAUCCAUCAACAUCCACAACAGACGCUAAUAAGUUUCCCAAAUGGAAUACCAGUUCAGCAGCAGAUAGAUCCUAGUCAGAUGCUACUGCCUAAUGUAUCAUUUCCUUUUGGGCAGCCGAACCCCUUAGCUGGGCCCACUUCAACAUCUUGGCCAGGGGUUGUAAGCCAGAAUGGGUUCAGCCAGGUACCAUUUGGAAUAGGUUUACAAGGUCAGUGUUUGCAAUCAUCCAUGAGUGUUGGUGACCAAAGAAUUCCAUCCAGUAACUCAUGUGCCGAACAGGGUUAUGGACCUGCUGCUACACAAGGCAACAUUACAACACCCUUGCAAUUUAAUCAAGGAUCAACAUCCAGUCAUGGGAGAAAACCAUACCGGCGUGGUGGUGGUGGUGGUUAUUUUAGAGGUGGGAGAGGUCAGAGGCGAUCUGGGUGAGAUUGAUUAUUUUAAUGCUGUAAAGUAUUUUCUUAAUUGCUAGUCAACCGCCAUGCCUACCCCCUAGAAAAAGAAGGAAAUGAAAAGAAAAGAAAAAGAAAAUUUGCUUAUAGUUAUCUAAAAUUUUGUACUUGUCUUUUUUUGUUAUGUAAUGUAGUAGUAGUUCUCAUUUCUUCUUUGAUAGAUGCUGGAACCAUAAUCAUUUACAUGUUUAUCAGCAGGCUAUAAGGAUAAUAUGCAUAGUUGGAAUUAUGCCAUCUCA